CCCAUUCGCAGUUGCUAUCUCUAUAACCUCUUUUCUUUGUACCAAUACACACAUACAAGUAUCCCAUACCCAGACAUACACACAACAUACUCAGACAUACCUCCAAAGGCGUCUUCCGCUCAACCACCACCACCACCCCGGCUCGCCUCCACCUCCUAUACACACGCAGCACCACCUCACCCCUCAACGUCAGCCUCCAUAACUCAUCCCCUCCUUCUUACCCUUCUACUGCUUCAAUCAGAACAACUCCGACUAGAAACAAUCAACAUACAUCAGACGAAGCGAAUCCAAUUGAUUUUCCAUCUCCACCCUGAUACUAUACUCACAAUACACGAAACAGAUCUCCCAACACCCUUCUCAAUCAUGACUCGAUCCCACAAGCUCAACGACCGCGACCACGCGGGUCUCGCUGAUGGCACUGCGAGUGCUGAGGAGCAUCUACCACGCUACUUUGCCAAGGCAGGUCAUGUUGAUGCUGAUCCGAAGAAGACGAAGAAGAAUGGUGGUGGUAGAGGAAACUGGGGCAUCGACGGCGAAGAAAUCCAAGACGAAGGCUUCAACAUCACCAACGCCCGCCGCCGCUCCAACAGCUCCUCCUACGCCGCCGGCCUCAAAGAUUUCAAGACCAAAUUCGAGCAAUUCGAACCCGACCCAGUGUUCGAGGAGGACAUCCACGGCGCGCGCCCCGAGGACGAUAUGGAGGGUGCGAGUCGGGUUACGACGGCUGAGAGCUCGGAGAGUGGAGGGAGUGUUGCGGAUGAGGAGGGGGGAAAGAAGGGGAUUUAGAUGAAGAGGUGGGCUGCUAGUCCUCACGCACAUGUGGGAAUGGGGUUCUCGCGUGUGUUUUUUCUGCUGGUCGGACUGGAUGAAUGGAUAUGUCUGCUGGUGGACGGGGGGCACGGCUUAUAGCCUGGUUUUGAGUGAUGGACAGAGAGGAAGCGGAUGGAUGAAGAGGAAUUGUAACACUAGAACUACGUUGAUGAUAGCUCUCAAAGCAAGAUGCAUUGCUCAGUAACCCGCCUGCCUCCCAUCUCGCCAUGAAUCCGCGUGCUGCACUCCCACUUUCAACGGGGCUGGAAGGGGAAUGACAGCUCGGUGUAACGAUAUGAAAAUAACUCAACUCUCCUGUACCCUCUCACCCUCUCGUCAUCUCCCGUCCACAACGGCCUGGUGCAAUUGUGUUCCAAAUAACCCCGCCUUCUCGAACUCGAC